CAGCCAUCGGUGUCCAGAUGACUCUGGACCUGAUUGAGUCCAGGUUCUGGGCCAUCGCAGCUCAGCCCAAUGACACAGAUUGCUCCAGCAUAGAAGGGGUGUGUCCUCUGCGCUGCGACAGCUUUGACAUCGCCUGCUAUGUGAUUGACAAUAACGGCUUCAUCAUAAUUUCUAAAGAGCGCAGUGAUGCGGGGAGGUUCUUUGGCGAGGUUGAUGGAUCAGUGAUGACCACACUGAUUAGAAUGGGCAUGUUCAAAAGGGUGUCAUUGUUCGACUACCAGGCCAUGUGUAAGAUCAACUUGCAUUCUGUCAGCAGCGCCCGUCCACUUCUCAGUCCGUUCUACGGUUUGGUUUCAGCCUUCAAGUGGUUCCUCUCCAACUUCUUACUGUUUCUCCUGGAGUUUAAUAUCUGUGGCUUUUGGCACACAGAGCACUUUGCUGAUGCCAAGCCAUCUUUCUCAGUGUCCUCGUCACAUAAGAAAAAAGGGGACAUCUUGCAGCCGUGUGACACCGAGUACCCCAGCUUCGUUUACGAGCCGUCAAUCAAAGAGACCAACAGCCUCAUCAAGUGUGGGCGCUGUCAGAAGAUGUUUGUGGUGCAGCAGGUACCAGACAGCAACCUGUUGAUGCUGGUGGUGCAGGCGGACUGCGACUGCUCCAGACAGUACCCUCCAAUCACCCUGGAGCCCAAGGAAGCCGCCUACUCUCACAGAGGAGCCUGGGAAUGGGGUUAUUAUAACCUCUUCUGA